GAGCGGGUAGAGCGCACGCGGCGCGCGGCUCCCCCUGCCGGCGGCGCGCGGCCAGGCAGCCCAGCCGGACCGCCUGGCCACGACGACCCUCCUGGUUCCUCUGACCUCCUCAGCGCGCCCUGCAAGGCCAGGCUCCCGCCACGAAUUUUGUUUUUAACUCACAACGUAAAGAGGCGCUCACAGAGCCUUCUGGUUGCGGGAAGGGGACACUUGGAGGGCGAGGUAAGAAAGGCCUCCGAGUGCGAGGUGAAGAUGGAGGAAGGCGCCCAGGCCCCAGACUGGGACAGCGACGAAACGGUGAUAGACGGGUCGGUGACGGAGAGUGACCUGGAGGACGAGGAGCUGCCCUGGAGAAGGUUGCUCUUUGAUCAAGACACAUCUCUUAGAUCUGAGUUCAGUCUCCAUCCUGAUAUAAGUGGAAUAUGCAAAGGCACAUGCUCUCCUGAGAUUCAACUUGGGUUGAAGCUCAGAGAGGAUCCACAAAUGCAAAUAAGUAAAAAGAAGACUAUGCCUGUGCUUAAUGAGGAUGCGGUCUUACAGCAACCUCAAGAUGAAAUGGAACAAAAUCAAGCUCUGUUAGAAACUAAAAAAAGUUGUCCAAUGUUCACUGUGUCAUUUCCUGAAGCUGAACUUUCACUGAACCACGAAAGCAUUCAAGGGCCCAAGGCUGAAAAUCCUGAAGUUUUGCCACACCCAGCAAAGGAACUAAAUGCAGACAGAGAUUCUCCUGAAAUGAGCCUUCUCUCAGGUACUGCUAUUAAAGUAUCUGAUAUGGUUGCUGUCAAGGAGAAUUCGUUAAUAGAGCCGCAGAAGAUCUUAGCAGCACCAAAUGUAUUUUUUGAGUCUGGAAAGGAAGUCACAUUAACCAUCACUUCUGAAGAAACCAAAGAUGAAGAAAGCUCUGUUGAAACUUUUGUUUCUGCCCUAGAAAAGUUAAUGACAUCACCAGCAAACACUCAGGAGGAGACAUUGUUUGGAAUAAUGAAUGAUAUUGAACCUAGAGAGUUGAUGAGCCCAUUGAGCAACUCUUUGAAUUCGCUAUCAAUACCUUUGACAUGUCACAGAGAUUUACUAGAAAACACAAAGGAUGAUGCAUUGCCAGCUGAGUUGUUAGCAGCCAUAAACACAUUGUCAGAAGCCACGGUGGGACCCAUUUGUCACAGAAAAGAGGGAGGCAGCAGUCUCAGUGCUGGAAAUGAAUGUUUAGGAAUAGAGCCCAACAUGUCUCAGACUGAUGAAGAUUGUACACAAAUAACAGAGGUGAAUUUUGAGUCUCUUUGUUCUACUCCACCAUAUGAACAAGAUUCCAAGUUAGCCGAGCUGCAGGACAAGCAUCCUUCAGUGCAGCAAACUCUAGAAGAUCCAAAUCCAUUUGUAUUGCAGACAUUGGUUGAUCAAAAUGUAAUCUCUUCUGAUCCACUAAAUAAUAAGAGGAAUUCAAGUCCAGUGGAAAAUAGCUCUGACCAGGACCCUCCAUCUGUGUUAAGGAGAUCAUCCAGAAUUAAAGUAGGCAAAUAUACAAAGCACAAAGAUGACAUGUAUAAGAUACCAGAAAAGAUUUUACCCACAAUACUUGGCUGUGAGAGUCAAGCAAAAAACUCUUCAACUGAGACUUUCAGAAUGCAGGGUACUGCUUUAAUGAUUGAAGGUAAAAGGAAGAAUAUGCAUUCAUCCAGACUGAAGAGUGAAGAACAAAUCUGGAAAAAUGGAAAAAUUAAGAGACAGAAAGAAAAAGCGAAGAUGAAUAACAUACCUCUUUCUCUCAUUAACCGGAGAAACAUUUUUGGAGAGAAUUUACUGCAUAAGGCUGCUCUUCUCAAUGACUUUCAUCUUGUUCAUCAUUGUAUUGAAAAAGGAGGAAAUGUUAAUCAACCAAGUUAUGCUGGUUGGACAGCACUUCAUGAAGCUAGUGUAAGGGGAUUUUAUGAGACAGCAAGUGAACUAGUAAAAGGUGGAGCAGAUGUAAAUGUCAAAGGAAAAGACCAAAUCACUCCCCUACAUGAUGCUGUGAUGAGUGGACGUUAUAAGGUGGCAGAGUUACUUCUUUUCAAUGGAGCUGAUCCAUUAUUUAGAAAUGCCAAUGGAAAGUGUGCUUUGGAUGUGGCCCAAGGUAUACGUAUGAGGCAUCUUCUUGAGAGAUAUGUUCCUAAACAUCAAGAACAUCUUACUUCAGCUCAAAAGGAUAGCACUGAUCCAUUAGAUGUAGAGGAUGCACCCCAGCCAAAGAAACCAAAAUUCAGUUCUAAAAAUUGCAUUGGGUUUGUUUGUGAUGAAAAUUCCAACAGACAGAAGCCAGAACAUAUAAAAGUUGAUAAAGGAAGCAAAAAAGGUUUAUUUAUAAAGAAAGAAGAUGUAAAUGAACAUUACCCAAGAAAUUCCAAAAGCACGAAAUUUGGCAACUUCAAGCAUAAGCAAUCAACUGUUAACCAAAUAUACUCUACAGGACUCAGAAAAAACAAUCUCCAUAAUGUCAAGGAUUCCAGCACAAAUGCGUCCAAAUAUAAAGGAAGAAGAAAUGAACAAUAUAAAAGGACUCAGGUGCAUAAGGCAAUCCAAGAAAGAAACUCAAGAAAGACCAUAGCUGUGUCUUCUUCCAGAAGAAGUAGAUUGGUUACUGAUCAGCAGCAUAUUCUCCAAACCCUUUAUGACCUUCCAGAAGAGUCAUGUAAACCUUUUAGCCCAGCUCUGGCAAGCCUGGAAAAUGGAUUAAGUAACAAUAUUGACACUCAUUCAGUUCCCAAAGAGACACAUACCCAGAACCUGGAUUUAUUAGAAAGUCAAGAAAUAAAAUCCUUGGAAUUAGAAUCCAGUGACCAAGCUCAAGCUGUUACUUUCUCAGGACUUUCUGUACAUAAAGAAAUCGAAUUACCCAUUGUUACUACAGAUCAGCAGGCUCAAACUCACCAAGAACAACAGCACAUUAGUCCUUAUAAAUCUCAUGAAAACACUAACUCAGAUGAAAAAAAAGAGGACCUUAAUAAAUGGGAAAAUUUUAAUAAUGAUAUUCAUGUUGAUUGCUGUACCUCUGAAGAGACCAUAACGUCUAAAAAGAUGAUAUGUUCUACAAGUUGCAAAAACCACUAUAAUGAUAAAGAGAAUAUAACAAAUAGAGAAGUAAUGGAUUUUGAACAGUCUUUACCUUCUAAAGACCAUUUUUCACAGGACAAUAAGUUAAAAGCAGGUGGCCUAAGCAUACUUCCACAACAGGAGGCUGUUAAUUUUUCUAAUUCAGAUAAUACAGCUGUUUCUGAACCACACGUUGCAAAUUAUGAACAAUACAUAUAUGGAACUUCUUUUGUUCACUCACAAGACAGUCCUGAGCAUACUUCCUUGGCUUGUACAAGAACAAUUUCAACACGUGACGUUUUGCAGUUGACUAAUGUGGAGCAAUUCCAAAGGCCUCAGGAUUGCAGUAGCCCCAGCAAACCAACUUCUUUAAUGAAUCAAACAAAUACACAUAUUGUGGAAAAGGUGAAUAAGAAAGAAGGCACUAAAAGGAAUUACACUGACAAAGGCCAAAAACCAAAUUUUUCAAAUGGGCCUUUAUCCGCAGUUGUUCAUUCUCAAGUAAUAGAAACAACUAACAUUGAAAAAAGGAGACAAGACCUUGCAGAGAGUGAAAUCAUACAUAAUAGAGAUUUUCAUUCCAUUGACAAUAUGAAUAAAGAAUUGACCAACAUCUCACAAGUUAGUCAAAGAGAAGAGAAGGAAAUUUCUCAUAAACCAGAUGAGGAAUUAACUAAUAAUAUCAAUGGAGAUGAAAGCACUGUAAGAAAUUGUGAGGAGAAAAAAGAUAGAAUAGAUUCAGAGAUUCACAUACCUGUUAACAUCCAAGAACAAAAUUUAUCAAAAACUACCUGCAGCCAAGAAAUGAAAACAGCUGGGAUCAAUAAGAGGAAUACCAGGGGGGAAAGCCCACUUCAUUUGGCUGUCAGAAGAGGAGAUUUGUCUCUGAUGAAAGUUCUAAUAGAAUCUGGAGCAGAUGUGAAUCUAAAAGAUAAUGCAGGUUGGACACCACUACAUAAGGCAUCUAGUGAAGGAGCUGAUGAUAUAAUUGUGGAGUUGUUAAGAGCUGGUGCUAAUGUUAACUGUGAAGAUCUAGAUGGAAUUCUGCCCUUACAUGAUGCCGUUGCAAAUAAUCAUUUAAAGGCAGCUGAGAUUCUACUACAACAUGGAGCAAACACUAAUAAAAAGAAUAAAAAACAGAAGACUGCUUUAGAUGAAGCAGAUGAUGAAAAAAUGAGAGAGCUGCUAAAAUCUUAUGGUGCUAUUGAGAUUGGUAAUAGAGAUGAGAGUAAAGCUAGAGUCACUGUAAAAAUUCCUACUGUCCAGUCCAAAAGACACAAACCGUGUUUUUGUGAUGGCUUAAAGACUGUUGAUCCACCUUCUCUUUCACACCAAGAAAAAACAAGAGAAAGCCUUCGUAUGCAUCAGACCAUAAGUGCCAUUCUACAAGAUAUAGAAGAAAAACAGGAAAUUUUAUUGGAGUUUGAAAUAAGAACCCCCGAAGAUGCAGAACAAUACACUGAAAAGAUGUUAGAGAUAAAAGAGAUUAUGGAUAAUGUGCUUGCCAAACAGAAGGCAGAAAGGGAUGAUCUGGCUAAAAAAUACAGGGUUUCCAUAGAAUCAUUUAAGCAUGGUGUCCUGAGAGAACAACUGGCUAACUUGGCCAUGAGACAGAAGAGCCUUUUAGUUGUGGCAAAAAAACAGAAAAAAAUAAGCCAGAAAAUUCAAAACUAUAAGAAUGUUACAUCUGUGUCUGGUCUUAGUUUGAGAAAACUGCCAUCCAGCUCAGAGAUCUCUUGUGAAAAGGACAGCCAAGAGCUUACCAGCCUGGAAAAUUCAGUGCAGCCCCAGGCAGGUUCAUUUUCUCCUGCCAGCUCUGUUUGUGAAAGCAUACAGGAAUCACAGUUGUCUCUGGAAACGUGGAACGACAGCCAAAAUACCAACACUUGUCUAAAUUUAGAGACAGUGAGAAGGGAAGACUUUUCUGAAAUUAAGCUGAAUUCUAGACGAAAUGUCAGUGACUGUUCCUUGGAUGAGUUUUCAAAAUCCAGACCUUCAGAUGGCACUAAGAAGAUUAAAUUACCAUCCCAACCUGUUGCUUUUAUUGCUCAAGCAGAAUAUUUACAAAAAGAAAAUGAUCUUACAGCACAUACAACCAAAGGUCAUGAAUCCUAUAGUACUUCAGCACUAACUGGCCCAUUAAAUACAUCAGACACCACAAGUGUACUUGUCCCAAAUGCCCAUUCAUCCACUGGUAUUUGUGGUCAGACUCUUUCCAAUUAUGAUCCAAAAAGAGGAAACAAGAGAACAGCUUCCCAGCAGCCACCUAGGAGGACAUCAGAAACCCUGCCACAUCAAGAUAUUGAUGACUUAGGCAGUGAUAUGGGGCAUCAGAUGAAACCAUAUCUUAAAAAUUCAGCUUUUGCUGUUCCACAUGCAAAUGACAGUCAGAGCACCUCCUCCGCUGGGCCUGGCCCUCGGCGUACUGCACAAAAGCCGUUCAACUACAGCACAGCUCCUAAAGAGAAGCGUAUGCAGAUAAAGGAUCUGAUAGCACUAGGAAGAAUUAAUCCAGGAAAUAACAUUUUGGAAUUCAAAACACAGGAGACUACCCACAAAGCCAGUGUUUUAUUGAGUGGUAAAAUUAAGGUAGAAAAUGGUCAGAUUUAUCAAAAUCCAGUCACCUGGCUCAAGGAUCUUCUAGGAGGCGACAGUCAUGUGACCUGGAAUUAUGCUUGGAGUAAGGUAACAUAUCUGGGGAAGGAGCUUUUACAGUGUGUUUCUGAAGAAGUACCCAUACCUCCAGAACCAAACUUGGUACCUCAGCAACAUCAACCUUGUCUUCCAGGAACUUCCAGCGAGUCAAUGCAAAGCAUCCCACAUUAUCUACAAAUAAAUGAAAUACUAUUAAUCAGCGAUCAAGAAUAUCUCCCAUGCCAUAUAAUGGAUCAGCAUUGGAAGUUCUAUGUGGAGUGUGAAGAGCUAACAUUCUAAAGCCUUGUUUUCUUAAUAAUGUAUUAGGUAUUUGUUCAUAUUAUUAACUAACGUUCAUAUUUCAUCUUUGUGGUCUGGUGGGCCUAUUUUAAUACACACUUAAGAUGUGUGUUUACUGUUGUAAGAAAAAACAUAACUUCAACUACUGAAGUAAGAUUAAUACAUUUUUACCAUUCAAAUAAAGGCAUUUUAAAAAAUCUUUAUUGUUGAAAGUAUUACAUAGGUCCCCUUGAUCCCCCAUUAACCUCUUCUAACCCACUCCUGUCCCCCCCACCCCCAGGCCCUCACCACCCCAUUGUCUGUGCCCAUAGGUUAUGCAUAUAUGCGUACAAGUUUACUGGUUGAUCUCUUCCCAUCUACCCUCCCCUGCCUUCCCUCUGAGGUUCAACAGUCUGUUCAUGCUUCUAUGUCUCUGGGUCUAUUUUUGUUCAUCAAUUCAAAUAAAGGCAUUUUUGAAGUAAA